AUGGAGAAGAUUCGUCAACAAAUUUGUUCAGGUGGGAUGGUUUUUGCCUUUGUUGAAGGUACAUUUGUGACUGUCCUCAGGGAAGGGCAUUGGGUUUUACUAGAUGAAGUAAACUUAGCCCCACCGGAGAUAUUGGGUAGGCUUAUUGGUGUUCUUGAAGGAGUGAGAGGAUCACUGUGUUUAGCUGAGAGAGGGGAUGUAAUGGGCAUUCCCAGACAUUCGAAUUUCCGUUUGUUUGCCUGUAUGAAUCCAGCCACGGAUGCUGGUAAGCGAGACUUGCCGUUCUCCUUCCGUAGCAGAUUUACAGAGUAUGCUGUGGAUGAUGACUUGUGUGAUGAUGACCUGGAGAUAUUCGCGAGACGAUUCUUAGGUGGACGUGGAUCUGACAGUAAGUUAGUAGGCAACAUUGUUAGCUUUUACAAAGAAGCUAAAAGGUUAUCUGAAGAAUGCUUGCAGUAUGGUGCUAAAAGGUCUCUUUACCGUGCUCUAGAGUACGCGAUAAUAGCAGAAGGUAUUGGCGGAUUUCAGAAAGCACUAUACGAUGGUUUUUCCAUGUUUUUCCUCUCCUUAUUGGAUGCUUCCAGUGCUAAGAUCAUGAACCCAAUAAUACUGCAACGUAUCUCAAGGGAAAGUAGCCGGGGCCAACCACUUCAAAGAUACUUGGGAGAAUUAAAAGGCAGUUCUGAUGAAUUUGUGGGGAAAUAUGUUAAGACAAAGAGUGUUAUUGAACACCUUGAUCACUUGGCGCAUGCCAUUUUUAUUAAAAAAUAUCCUGUUCUCUUACAAGGACCAACAUCCAGUGGAAAAACAAGCCUUGUCAAAUAUCUCGCAGCAAUAAGUGGAAACAAAUUUGUUCGAAUCAAUAAUCAUGAGCAGACCGAUCUCCAAGAAUAUUUAGGUUCCUAUAUGACAGAUUCGUCAGGGAAGCUUAUAUUUCACGAAGGAGCGUUGGUGAAGGCUGUCAGGGAUGGACAUUGGAUUGUCUUAGAUGAACUAAAUUUGGCCCCAUCUGAUGUCUUGGAGGCACUAAACAGACUGCUUGAUGACAAUAGGGAGCUUUUUGUGCCUGAGCUGCAAAAAACAAUCUCAGCGCAUCCUAAUUUCAUGCUCUUUGCUACACAGAAUCCUCCUGCUUUAUAUGGCGGACGCAAAAUACUGUCUCGAGCUUUUCGUAACCGCUUUGUGGAGAUUCAUGUUGAUGAAAUUCCAGAAGAUGAACUGAGUGAAAUUCUUACUGAGAAGUGUCUUAUUGCAAAAAGUUAUGCUACGAAAAUGGUUGAAGUGAUGAAAGACCUGCAACGCGAUAGGCAGAGUAGCAAAGCUUUUGCUGGAAAACAUAAAUAUAUAACUCCAAGAGAUUUAUUCCGGUGGGCAGAUCGAUUUAGGACUUAUGAAGGUAAAUCUAACGAAGAACUAGCCAGAGAGGGCUAUUACCUCCUUGCAGAAAGGCUGCGUGAUGACACUGAGAAGUUAAGUUGUUAA